UAAUGUAAACUCAGAUAGGAUUUACCGGAAUGUUCGCGACACGAAGCGUCUCAAAUUCUUGAAGAUUUGUAGAAGUUUGUAAUCUGUGUUUGUUUUGAUAAACCAGCCAGAGUUAUUUCUGAAACCAUAGAGAUCAGUUUCCAUGGAGAUUGUCUUCUCUUAUAUCCUCUCCUACACAGAGAACCUUUCAAUCCUCCCGCCAACCUUAGUUCGGAGCACAGGAGCAACAAGGAAACCGAGGUUGGUCAGUCAUGACCUUCUCUGGGGUAAUGGUGAACCUUUGGUCCCUUCUCCAGGUACCCUUAGGUAUCCUCAUCUCAACCCUCGGAACCUACUUCAGCUCCAGAGCUCAGGUGAUGGAUCCCCCCUGCUCCUUCCUAAUCACUCUUCUUCUCAUCUGCUCCGGUUUAACAGCUCUAUCAGGAGUAGGAAACCUACCGAACAACUGGGCAAUACUUCUAGGCAAAGAUCCUGGCACGAUUCACAACUCCUUUCUCCUGGUAAUCGCUCCUCACGACCUGGCCAGAUCAAUCCUGAGCUGUGCCAACUCACUGAUCCUGGUGAACAAAGCCAUCUUCAUCCUCACCAACUACAGCAUGGAUCCUAAACAGUUCCUCACCGGAACAUUUGGAGUUCUCGCAGUUCUCAAGAUAUUUCUGGUUCUCAUCAUUCCAGAAAUAGAUUCCGACGACAAUGGAAUAACGGAGCUCAAGAGUUUAGUGUUUACUGCGAUCCUGGAGUUGAUGGAAGGGUUGGCAGAGAUCAUAUGCCUUAUCUUGCUCCUCAUAAUAUGGGUCUUUAGGAGAAAUCAGUCAGUCGAACCAUCAGUCAAUGCUUACAUAAACUAUCUGGAGCAAAUUGAGUUUCCAUCGAUCCCAAUCCUUCUCAUCAACCGGGUUUCUCUCUUCAUUCAUCUUGUCAAGAGGUUCUCUAUGGACGGCACUAGUUACAUCCCUCUCAACUCUCUCAUAGGAGUUCAUAGUAUCUUUCUACCUUUGAUAGUGAGCUACAACAUACCGAGUAUCUGGAGCCCGAUAAAGAGCAUCUUAAACAGCGAGAACAUUUCGGAAUCUGAAAUACCAGAGGAAGAGGUUCCAGAUGAACAAGUUGAAACUUCUCUAAGUCGAGCUCCGACCCGUCCCAGCUCCGUCAUCUUACCUCAAGCAUUGCCCGGAUCCACAGAGGAGAGUAAGAGGGUAAUGUAUAAAAGUAAUAUCCGACAACAUCGAUCUGCUCUGGAGUCUGUUGUUUCUGCGACCCGGAGGAGAAAAUGGAAGAAGACCGGGAAAGGUCCUCUGGACGGAGCAAUGUUGGAUAUGGUCGGAGAGAAAAUCGUCCCAUUGGAGGAGAGUGAUUCUGAGGAUGAAGGAAACUGUAAAACCAUGUAGAUUGUAGAUUCUACAUUAUUUGAUAAUUUAGGUUUAGUAUUGGUCAAAAUCAAUCUUUUUAAUUACAAAUAUAUGGAUUUACGUUAACUAAUUGUUUCCGUAUUCUAAAUUGCAUGGUGAAACCAAAAUAGGAAUUAAUGAACACCAAGAAUUAAUUGUAUUAGGUUGUGCCAUAUAGAGUGUCACCCUGGACUAACCAAGACGAGAUGCAUUCGGUUUCUUCUAUUUAAAUUCAAUCCCGUUUAGGUCUAGAAUUCAAUAAUCUAUUUAUCAAAAAACACAUAUAAAUAUACAUUCUUAUAUUUGCAUGUAAAAUAUA